AUGUCUUUUAUUCAAGGAAAAGCUACUAGACGUUCAUCUAGAUUGUCAAAUACAACUUUGCCUGCUUCCACCACAUCUGACUUUAGUACAAAAGAAAUAAAACAGGAAUCUGACAUUACAUCUAAGGUUAGAAAAUCAAAAAAAAGGAAAAGAAGAAAUAAAAACAGAGACGAUGAUGAUUCAAUUAACCUAAGCGAUGAAGAAGUGUAUGCUCAAGAGAAAAUACAAAACAACAAUUCUCAUCGUACCAUAGGUUCCUACGAAUUGGUAGCGGGUUUACCUUGUUCUAUAGAUAAGCCACCACAAGAUUUUUCACAAUAUUAUACGCAUCCUUUGAGUAUUAUGGACUCUGGAGUUUUGUACAAUGCUUUACAACAAUCAAGAAGAACGUGGAUGUUGGGUGAAAUGUUCAAAUUGUACUGGUCCAGAAAUAGAGAUGGAAGCACCUACCAUAUGCCAUCUUACAAUAUAACUGAAUCAGAAGAACUUCUGGAAAAUAAUAAAACCAUACAAAAGGAAGAAGAAGAAGAAGAAGAAGAAGAAAAAGAAAAAGAAAAAGAAGAAGGAGAAGACGAUGAGGAAGGAGAAACUUCUAGCAGUUCUAACGGGAGCAUGCACAAAUUGUGUGAUGCAACAUUAGUUGCUGGACCCCAUCACUUUAAUAUCAGACUAUACAUAAUAAAAAACGAUGUGUUGGAACAUAAAUGGAAAAAAGACCAAGAUAUGAAAAGAAAAGAAAAAGAAGAAAUGAGAUUAAGAGAAAAAUUAGAAAAACAAAAAAAAUUACAAGAAAGAAAACUAGAAAUGCAAAAAAACAAAGAACUAAAGGAGAAACUAAAACAGCAGAAAGAAGUGGAAAGGAUUCAGAAAGAGAAAGAAAAAGUAGAAGAAAAGAAAAGAAAAGAAAAAGAAAAGGAGCAGUUAAAAAUUUUGCGUCAAAAACAAAAAGAAGAGCAGCUAAGGGAACAACAGUUGAAGAAAGAACGUGAGAUGAAAUUGAAGAGUCAAAUGGCCGAAUUGAAAAAACAAAGAAAAGAAGAGGAAAAAAAAAGAAAACUGGAGGAAAAAGAAAAGGAAAAACAGUUGAGAGCACUGGAAAAACAGAGGUUAAGAGAAGAAAAACAAAGACAAAAAAGAAAAGAAAAGUUAGCUAGAAAGCGUGAACUUGAAGAAAAUGCUGCUAAAUCCAGGGCAAAAGAAAAAAAGUUGAAACAGAAUUACGCUGCUGUUUCUGCUAAUAGUAGUGAUAAGACUAAAAAAAAUACCGAUUUAGGUACUGGUUCUCAUAUUGGAGAUAGCAAUAGUAAUAACAGGAACGUUAAAAGGAGUAAAAGCUAUAGAUCUGUCCAGGAACAAAAAAUGAUUGCCAAUUUAAAUUUUAUGGCUAAAAAAGAUGAAAAAUUGAAUACUCUAAUGUUUUUGGUGGCCAAGAAAAAUGCCAGUCCAGAGCAGAUUAUUGAAUUUAAAAGGCACAUUGAAAUAGCGAAAAACUUGCCACCACCUCCAAAUUGGAAACCGAUACUUUAUGAGGGGGAUGAAAAUGACAAAAAAGAAAUAGAACAGAAAGGGAAAAAUGAUGAUGUUGAUGAUGGGGACUUGGAAAAGAAGAAUAAACGAGAGACCAGCAAUGUUUUAGCUGAAAACAAACCGAUGGACAAAAAUAUCUCUGAAGCUGAAAGUCAUAUUAAUGAUAAAACAGACAUAGGAAGUAGUAGUAACGAGGGAGAGAAGCCCCAGAAAAUCAAAGAGGAGAAACAUAUAAAUAAAAAGGAAGAUGAAGGUAAAGAAAAACAAAUUUUAGUACCAAUAAAAUCAGUUAAAGAAACUUUUAAUAAAGAGCAAGAAAAAGAACCCGAGAAAACGGCUAUGAUAAGGGCAACCAAAGACAACAGCGAUACUAAUGAUACUAAAAAAACAAACAAUGAUGAUGAUGAUGAUGAUAUGGCAAAAGAAACAGGAAAUAACACAAAGGAACAAGAUAAACGUGCUGAAAAACAAGAAGAGCCAAUGGAGAAAGAAGUCGAAGCGCAUGAAAAACAAAAACAAUUGGUAGAUCUUUCAAAACAUUCCAACAAUAUCGACGUUUAUACGACAGCUAAAAAGGAUAAAGAGUUUAGCGAGCACGAUGACUUUAAAUUUAAAGGACUCACCAUACAGAAACCGGUUCACCUUGAAAUAAAAGAUGAACACCACACCAAAGAAAUAAAAAAGGAAAAACAAUCAAUUCAUGAGACUCAAGCCACCACAAACACGAAAACUAAUGUUAAAAAACACAAAAGGCGUGAGGUGCCCAAGAUUGAGCUAGAAGAUACAUUGACUCUUUUCCAACAAAAAUAUACAAAUGAUGCGGACGUUUUGAUAGAGUUUUUGGAUCAUUCCACCAUGAGGUUUUUAUUGCCCAAAGAUCUCAUUAUUGAGUACAGAAAAAAAAAGAAGGAAGAAAGAGGGGAAAAAGAAAAAGAAGAAGAAGAAGAAGAAGAAGAAGAAGAAGAAGAAGAAAGCUAUGUAUUGUCGUGGAUAUUAAUACAUAAUCAUGCAGAUCUAUCAAAAUAUACAGGGAAACAAAAACUAAACUUCAAUUAUAGAAACAGUGGAGAUAUGAUGUUCCCCUUGGAGGUUUUGGAGCAUGGUCCCGUUCCAUUAUAUUCCCCCAUAACUGUUGAAAUCAAAGAUCUCCCACAUAAAUUCAAGCCUAUUUUGAUGAAUAGUAAAAAGUCGGACAGCGACCUAAUUAAACAAAAAAUGGCAAUUAUAAUACAAAGAGGCAUGAGGCUAAGCGGGUUCCAAUUAUGGUACCAAUUAGAUGCAUACGACGACAGAGAUUUGAGUGAAACUUUAAGACAAAAUUUACACGAAUAUGAAAAAACUUUUAAGAUGAAGAAAACAACCAAAAAAAUGAAAAAAUAA